AUGAAUAAGUCGCCCUUCAGAGAAAUUCUCCUCGGCGGAGAGUCAAAGAAGCAGGCUGUAGAUACAACAGAAAACGUAGGGCGUAGUUGGAGACUCACUCCGCAGUGCAGAAUCCUAUGAUAGUUCAUGACAGAGAAAGUGAUUGAAUCCCAGGGAAUUCUGUGUGAGGUGUCUGUGUGAGGUGUCAGCUGAAGGACAAGAAGACCGUGUGAGUGUGUGAGGACGUCAGGGAGCCAUGUGGCGUGGGAAGCGACGUUGGUCGUCCACGGAGGUGCUGCUGAGUGUCCUGUGUCUGACCCUGCUGGCGGUGUGUGUCAGUCUCAUCAUCAUCACCUGGCUCGCCAUGCAGACUGACCUGGACCAGUGUGGUCUUGGUGGGACUGAGUCUGUGUUCAGUGGGAGGCUGGUCAUUACGAGGGGGGCUGUGUUUACUGAGAAGCUGAGAAACAGGAGCAGUCUGCAGUUCAAGUCCCUGGCCUUCGACACAGAGCAUCUGAUAUCUGACGCUUACGGCCGUGGCUCCCUCAAUAAUGACUUCAAGGCCUGUGAAGUUUUAGAAUUCAGCAAUGGCAGUGUGGUGGUGAACUUUGACCUGCAGUUUCGUCAGAGUGUGGAGGUGAAGGAGGCAGAACAGCAGCUGGUGGCUGGGCUUCAGAGCACUGGGGGCCUGGUGGUUAACCAAAAUAGCAUCCAGGUCAGAGUGAAAGAGGACCUAACUACAUACCAGCCGACCUCUUCAACCAAAUUGACCACUACACCUCAUCUUUCCACUACAUCUUCUUCAGGGAAAUGCCCACCUUAUCAUAUGGCCUGUGGGGACGGCACUACAUGUGUGGCCACCAUGCAGUUUUGUGAUGGAGUAGACAAUUGUCCUGAUGGCUCAGAUGAAAACCAUACUCUCUGUGCAACAAAGUGCGAUGGCCAAUUCCUUCUUCUUGGUCCUACGGGCUCCUUCCAUUCUGAAAACUUCCCUCUCCCCUACAACAAUGGCAUGAUUUGCCGCUGGGUCAUACGAGUUCAGAAAGGACUGGCCAUAAAGAUGAAUUUCCACUCAUUCGACACAGAAGAAGAGAUUGAUACUCUCAGUCUGUAUGAGGGCACAGGACAGGGGAAAAAUCUGACAUACCUGCUGUCAGGCCGUUCCCCAGGCACUGUGUGGCUGCUGUCUGACAAGGCCACUGUUGAGUUCUCGUCUGACGAUUACAACAAUUUCCAAGGAUUUAACGCCACCUACUCAGCAGAAGACAUCAGCAACCUCUCUAAUGAGGAGAGGCUGAGCUGCUCCUUUGAGGAGGGCCUGUGUUUCUGGAGGCAGGAGCCUGAGGAUGAAGGGGACUGGAUACGCACCAAUACCCCAACAUUCCCCCCUUUCACAGGCCCAAACUUUGACCAUACAUUUGGUAACCAAUCAGGCUACUACAUUGUCACACCGGGAAGCCCUGGCCAGUGGGAGAAGAACUUCAAGAUCCGCAGCCUCCGAUUAGCUCAUUCAAAAGAACCAAUGUGUCUGAAGUUCUGGUACCACAUGUAUGGAGAGAAUGUGCAUCGGCUGAGGGUGUUGGUAGAGAGACGGUCAACUUCUUUGGUCAGAGAAGCUUCAGUCAUUGUGGUCUUCCAGAAGGAGGGGAACUAUGGAGAUAACUGGAACUUUGGCCAGGUCACCCUGAACAGCACAGCUGAUGCGACGGUGGUUUUUGAGGCUCAGAAGAAGGGGGGUAUGAAGAAUGACAUCGCCCUGGAUGACAUUAGUCUGACAAAUGGUCCCUGUGGGGCGGACCCACCAGACCCAACAAUGGUUCCCACCCCUACAACACCACCUCCAAUACCUCCUGACUGUGGAGGACCUUUUGACCUCUGGGAACCCAACUCUACAUUCAGCUCCCCCAACUACCCACACUCCUAUGGAAACAAGGCUUCUUGUUUGUGGACUCUUCAUGCCAGGGAAGGAUGGAACAUCCUGCUUCACUUCCUGGAUUUUGACGUUGAGUCGACCUAUGACAUGGUGGAGGUGCGGGAUGGGGCGGGGCCACAGUCUGAACUGCUGGGUGUCUUCACUGGUACUGAUGCUACCUUUCCAGAUGUGAUCUCCACAGCCAAUCAGAUCACAGUGUUAUUCUUUACGGACAGUACAGGGUACGGCAGAGGGUUCCGUGCCAACUUCACAUCUGGAUUAGCACUGGGCAUGCCAAAGCCUUGUGUCACUGGGCAAUAUCGGUGUCAGUCUGGAGAAUGUAUCUCCAAUGUCAGUGUGUGUAACGGCCAACCAGACUGCGCUGACUCCUCAGACGAAGCUGACUGUGUGCAUCAGGUAUCAGUGGACAGUACGAGUGUCAGACAUCUGCAGCUUCAGGUCCAGACCACCCGGUACACAACCUGUGGUCAACACUGGAACUCUCAGCUCUCCCACUUCAUGUGUCGUUACCUGGGCUACAGAUCAGGAAGUGCCCUCCUCAUACCGUCCACAGAGAAAGACUCUCCCUUCACCACCGUGAGUGUAGCAGCCAACGGUACCCUGGACCUGACCCCCAGUGAAAAAUGUACGGGUGAAAAGGUUAUAUCUUUGGAAUGUGACAACCAACCGUGUGGCGUCCGUAUGGUCUCCCAGAAGAUGGAUCGAAGUGGGUCCACUGAACGAAGGAGGGAGGAGAAAGGAGAGGAGGAGUCGGAGGAGAGUCGAACUGUCAGAGUGGUGGGAGGGACAGACUCUCGUAAGGGGGCGUGGCCAUGGAUGGUGUCGCUGUACUUUAGGGGCCGCCAUGUGUGUGGAGCUACUCUGAUUGACAACGAGUGGUUGGUCACCGCUGCACACUGCGUUUAUGGGAAAAAUAUUCACCUUUCCAACUGGGAGGCAGUUUUGGGCCUUCACUCCCAGGACAGUGUAGAUGUCCUCCCAUCACAGACCCGAAAGGUUGACCACAUCAUCAUGAACAAACACUACAACAGAAGGACCAAGGAUGCUGACAUCGCAAUGAUGCACCUUCAAACAAAUGUCAACUUCACAGAUAACAUUCAACCCAUCUGUCUGCCAGGAAGUGGCCAGCAGUUUGAGGCUGGGAUGAAGUGUUUCAUUACAGGCUGGGGAGCAGAAGUAGAGCAAGGCACAUCAGCUAAUGUGCUGCAGCAGGCAGUGCUGCCCCUGGUGAGCCGCUCUGAGUGUCAGAAGCUGCUACCUGAGUACAACAUUACAGCAAGGAUGGUGUGUGCCGGCUACUCUGAGGGGGGAGUGGACUCCUGCCAGGGGGACUCUGGAGGUCCUCUCAUGUGUGAGGAGGAUGGCCACUGGGUGCAGGUUGGCGUGAUUUCUUUUGGUGUGGGGUGUGGCCGCCCCCAGCACCCUGGUGUGUACGCCCUGGUCUCCCAGUUCACUGACUGGGUCGUCCAGACCAGACGGCUCUCCUGACACUGGGGACACUGGGAUUACAGGCUCCAGGGAAACAGAAUAUUCAGUCCUGAAUUAGGAUCAUAUGCAGUCUUGGUUACUAAAUCAAUCAAUGCGUUUGAAUAAGUACAAUGGUGUAACACAGAUUUACAGGGAUAUUCAAAAUAUGUACAAAUAAUUGUUUGCAUUUCUAUGCUAUCUUAUACUUAUAAAAAUCAGUUGUUGUACCUACAACACAAAUGAGACUUCCCAUGGCUGGUCCUGAAGAAGAAAUUAAAUGUUGUGAAAUUAUGACACAAGAUGGCAGUAUCUUGCGUAUUAUGCUUUGGAGAUUAUGUUUUUUUUCACACCACAAUGCCUUGUGAAUUACAGUGAUAUUGUAUGCAUUUGAUCUUAACACUAGAGACAAACCUUCUUACUGUCAAUAAAUGUUUACAUAUUUCCUA